GAUGAUCUUCGCAGUCGCACGCAUGCGUACUCGGCGUUCUCGCAGUGGUUAGGGGUUUGGCGCGAUUUUGCCUUUGUCUUGGCGGCUUUUCAUCCCCCCCAAAAAACCGGAAGUGAGGUGCCGACGACGGCGAGGUCCCCGGAUGUAAGCUGUGGAGGACAGAGCAGCUUUGUGGAAAUAUGAUAGAUCCAACAGAGGGCAAUUUGUUUGAUCUUCCUGAUUAUGAACACAUCCAGGAUGAGCAGUUUCUUCCUCUACCACCUCCAGACUCUCCUGUGGGGGAUGAUGUUGAAGGCAACUUAGUCAAUGGAGAACCAGAGGGAAACAAAUUGUCGCAAACCAAAGAUUCUUCUGUGGCUACCAGGAGAGCUAUUAAAAGGCCACUGCCUAAACUAGAUGCUGAGAGGUUAGUUUCAGAGCGAGGACUUCCAGCUCUGCGGAAUAUGUUUGAUAAUAUAAAAUUCAAAGGUAAAGGUCAUGAGGAAGCCGACCUGAAGAUGCUUCUGAGGCACAUGGAGCACUGGGCUCAUAGACUAUUCCCUAAACUUCAGUUUGAAGAUUUUGUUGAUAGAGUAGCAAGUCUGGGAAAUAAAAAAGCAGUUCAGACGUGCUUAAAGCGAAUUAGACUCGACCUGCCCAUUUUGCAUGAAGACUUCACAAGUAAUGAAGUCAUUACCGAUGGAGAUGGGGGAGACAGUGAACUGAAUGUAGUCCAUGCGGAAGUAGACCUCUUUUCAGAACUCCAGAACACAAAAGAAAAAUUUGGUGCACCUCCAAGUACCAAUCUAACAGAGGAGCAACAGCAAAGAAUUGAAAGGAACAGACAAAUAGCCCUUGAAAAAAGACAAGCAAAAAUGCAGUUCAGCAGUCAAUCACAAGAGCAUGAGUUGCUUGUGACCCAGCCAAAUGAGGAAGAUCACACCAUUGUGCCUCAGGAGCAAGAUGACCUGGCUGCUGCAGAGGCAGGGAGCUUAUCUUUCCAGACUCCUGAGAACAAGAUGCAGUGCAGUGACACCGAAGAUAAAUGAUCAUUAAUUAAGUGACUAAGGACCCACCUCUUGGAAUAUCGGUGGCAUGUCCCUCAGUUUGUUGCCAUUGAGGUGGACUCUUUCUUUGUUUAGCAUGGUUUUUACCAGAAUAACCUUUGGUGCUCGGGCUGACUAUUUUUACCAGUCACCACAGCUGAGAACAGCUAUAUAAUUUUGAAUCGUUCCUCUAACACACAUUGUCUUGGAAAUGUGUUUUUAACUACAGUUAAAAGAGAGUUGAAGUUUGGGUGAGAGUGCCAGUCCUAAAUUUUAUAAUCAGCGAAGUACUAUCUUCACACUAGAAGUAACAGCAGCUACAUGUAGAAGGCAGACCACACUUCUGGCAUUGAAUAACUUCCACCUUGUGCAAUACUACUUGUAUUACAGUGUUCCUAUUUUCUACUAGAAAUUAAUAAAACUUGGAAAUAAG